UUCACCUCUUCUCUCUCUAUAUCUUCCUUUGUGGUAUAUAAUACACAGCAACCCAACAAUCAAGAAGAUCAGAUCAUGGUGGGGUUUUUUAUUUUCUCCUUAUCAAGAAUCCUCUGAUCAGUCAAAUACCCAUCAAUCAAUCAAAUCCCCAAACUCUCCCAAAAAAGAUCAGGUUCCAAUUUUUUUCCUCUUCUUACAAAAAAGAUGUCUAUGUCGUCUAUGUCCUCCCCUUCCUCAGCUGUUUGUUCACCGGACCACUUCUCUCCUUCCGAGCAUCUCUGCUAUGUCCAAUGCAACUUUUGCCAAACCAUUCUUGCGGUUAGUGUUCCUUACACAAGCUUGUUCAAGACCGUAACUGUUCGAUGUGGUUGCUGUACCAAUCUCCUCUCGGUGAACAUGAGAUCAUAUGUCCUCCCAGCCUCUAACCAGCUCCAGCUCCAGCUCGGUCCUCACUCUUACUUCAACCCCCAGGAUAUUCUGGAGGAGCUGAGAGAUGCACCAUCUAACAUGAAUAUGAUGAUGAUGAAUCAACAUCCUACUAUGAAUGACAUACCAUCUUUCAUGGAUCUUCAUCAACAACAUGAGAUUCCUAAAGCACCACCCGUUAACCGCCCUCCAGAGAAAAGACAGAGAGUCCCAUCCGCAUAUAACCGAUUUAUCAAGGAGGAGAUCCAACGUAUCAAAGCUGGUAAUCCUGAUAUAAGCCACAGAGAAGCCUUUAGUGCUGCUGCCAAGAAUUGGGCCCACUUCCCCCACAUACACUUCGGGCUCGUGCCAGACAAUCAACCCGUGAAGAAAACCAACAUGCCCCAACAGGAGGGAGAGGAUAACAUGGUGAUGAAAGAAGGUUUCUACGCUCCUGCGGCUGCUAACGUUGGUGUGACUCCUUAUUAAAGAGAUAUAUAUAUAUAAUCGACUAAGUAUUUGAGGAAUUGAAAUCCAAUUUCUUAGGGUUUAUGAUAUCCAAAAGUUGGGUUUCUUUAUCUUUCUUGAACUUUUAUAUAUGCAUGCGUCUUUUUCUGUUGUUGUGUAAUCAAAAAUCUUGCUAAUUAAUGGGGUUUCUCUUUCUUAUGUUAA